AUGCCUCUCACAAAAGAUCCCUUUUAUCCCUCUCCAGAAGAGGAAACACAGGAGUGCCUGAUGCAGAGCCCCAGGCACUUCAUGGAUAUGAAAUGCCCAGGAUGCUGUAAAAUCACCACGGUCUUUAGCCAGGCACAAACAGUAGUUUUAUGUGUUGGUGGCUCCACUGUUCUCUGCCAGCCUACAGGAGAAAAAGCAAGCCUUACAGAACAAUGUUCCUUCAGGAGGCAGCAGCAUUAA